AUGGCAAACCUGGCUGAAGCGAGCACCGCUGCUGCUGCUUCUGCUGCUGCUCCCAGCCGUGGCGGUGCACCUUGUUCUCAAACCAAAUGGCACCAACCCAUCGGCCCUACAAUCCCUUCCUCGCCAACAGGUGUACCACCCCGUCGGCCCACCAGGGUAACUCUACCCGGCAAAAGCGUGACCAUCCAACCACUUUCACCCUCGCACGCGAGCGAUCUAUACGCCAUCAUCGAAGGUGAAUCCAAAGCCCACCUAUUCACCUACCUCUUCGACGACCCAUAUACAACACCAUCAGCCUUUUCAAAUGCCGUGACGACCAAAUCGCAAUCCGAGGAUCCCUUGUUCUUCGCCCUGGUUGACGAGGAGACCAACAGGGCUGUGGGAUGGGCGUCACUCAUGCGCAUCGAUCCCAACCAUCGAGUCGUGGAGGUUGGGAAUAUUCUCUUUUCGCCUGCUCUCCAACGUACGAGGGCCGCCACGGAAGCCAUGUAUUUGUUGGCUAGGUAUGUUUUUGAGGAUUUGGGCUACAGGAGGUAUGAGUGGAAGUGCGACAAUUUGAACCUUCCGUCCAAGAGGGCGGCUAUUCGGCUUGGAUUUACUUUUGAGGGGGUCUUUAGAAAGCAUAUGGUAUAUAAAGGUCGUUCUAGGGAUACUGCUUGGUUUGCUAUGGUUGAUGAGGAUUGGCCUGUCAUAAAGAAGGCGUUUGAGGAUUGGUUGAGGGAUGAGAAUUUUGAUGAGAGUGGGAGGCAGAAAAGGAGGCUGGAGGAUUUGAGGGAGUUGAUGCCGGGGCAAAGGGGGCCUGUGGUGUUGGAGCUCUGA